AUGUCGGCAAUGCUGCGAGUCCAGCAAAGACAGACUAUGACAAGUUAUUCAAUAUCGGUCAAGCCCGAGAGUCCGAGCACCACCACGGCAGGCCCCGGCGACAGGCCCCAGUUCUACAUCGAGGUGGACGCCAGCGCGAUGGUGAACCUGAAGGCCGGCACGCAGUACACACUCGUGCCCGUCGACUCGGAACAGGCUGCAGCGGCCGCUGCCGCCGCUGCGGCCGCGGCCGCCACGGCUUCCGGAACCUCACUCUCCUGGGGUCAAACAAUGGACGGAAAAAUACCGGACGAAGACGGGAACGGAAACCCAAGGGAAGGACCUACCAAGGAAGAGCUUCCGGGCGACGCGUUCGGCCUGGACCAGACGAUGCUGAAUGGCUUCGAGCCGACUCCGGGCCAAGCAAGGAAGCACGAGAGAAGCCCCGAGACGUCCCCGGCCCUGGACGCCGACUUCGAGUCGUCAGCCCCCGGAGACUGCGCCGACAAGGAGAUGACGUACACGCCGCUGGUGUCUGUGCACCAGCAACAGCAGCAGCAACAGCAACAGCAGCAUGACGCCGCAGCCGUGGCUGCCGCCACGGCCCACCUGCACUCGGCAGGCUACGAGGCGCUUCGCUACCGUCAUCCCUCGCCACCGAUGUACGUGGCUCCCCCGCAGCACACGAUGCAGCACCAGACGCCUUUCCUAGUGCAUCCCAGAGGAGCCUGGACGCCGUUCCCUUCGACGGCUGGCCCCCAGGCGUACCUCACCCCCGUGCUCCAGCCGACGAAUUCGAACACGUCGGGUGGGAGUGGAAGUGGCCUGAGCGCCGGCACGAGCGGCACGACGUCUGACGGAGGCCUCCACGGGACGCUCGGAGGCGAGGACGUGUCCUCACCGCAAGACUUCGGCAGGGUGGCUGGCGGAGAUGCGGCCGGGAACGACCUGAUGGGCGUGGCUCGAGUGGCCAACAUGGGUCAGAUCCAGCACAUGGUCGGCCCGCUGGACAACGUGCCCUACUACAUGCCCUUCAACGGCCGGGAGAACCACAACGAGAAGGAACGCAAGAGGAGGACACGAAUCAAGAACGCCUGCCAGACGCUCCGGUCCCUGGUGCCGGGUCUGAGCGAAAAGACGGACAAGGCGACCGUGUUCGAGUUUACGGUCCAGUAUUUACUACACCUAAGAAGACAUCUAGGCGCCAAGCACGAUAAGGAGUUCAUGGAAAAAUACUCGCCGUACUGAAGGAACCGAUAUCAACGGGUUGAAGGUUGCCCGCUUCGAAAGGACUGUGGAGCCUGGGUGGAACGCGUGGGAUCGCCCGA